CAGUAACUACAGCACGCCCACGUUCUGCAAAGGUCGGGUGUAAACAGCCAACCGCUUCCCCACACGACAACCUAACAGCAACGGUCAACUCUCUCUCUCUCUCUCUCUCUCAUCCACCCGCUCGCUCCACCGCGUGUGCUCGCUCACCCGCUCGCCAUGGACCCCAUUUGACCGCUCAUGAUUCUCGCGUAGGCCCUUCCUUUUCCGCCCUCACCGGCGAGUUGCGUGUCCGUCUUUCUUCUUGUUCCUCCUCCUCUUCUUCUUCUCCGCUCCUCGUCUUUCCCCUUUUGGGGCUUCAUCUUCUGGGACGCCUUCUUCCCUCUUCCCUGCCACUUCGUCCCCGCCGCACCGUUUCCUGGCCCGCGGCGAGUGGCGUCGCCCGCUGCAUCCAUCCAAACGGGCCCCAACCAAGACGCUAACCCGCCUUCGAAACGCCUAAACGUCAUCGUCAUCGUUUCACACACUCACCAUGGGCGCCGGCAACCCGGGCCAGCUCGACGGCCCGCCCGCCCUCGGCGAGCUCCAGCAGAACCAGCAAGAGCCCGCCCGAUCCCCCCGCAAGGCCCGAGACGACGCGCCAAAGUACACCUGGGGCAACAUCUCCCUCAAGCCCGCCCGGUCCCGCGACCCUUCCCCCGAGAAGCCCAAGAAGCCGCGGCCCGGCGCCAACCUGGUCGGCCUGCUGUCCCGGCCCAAGUCGCUCAAGAACCUCUACAAGCUGGCCACCGACGACGAGGCCCGAGCCGCCAAGGACAAGGAGAACAGGACGCCCGACGAGCCGACGGGCGCCAUGCUACCGCCCCCCAUAUUCGCCCAGUUCACGUCCGACGCGACGUCCCAGCGGGAGCAGCGGGUGCGUUCGUCCGUAGACAUUGGUAGCCCCCGCCCCAUCGUCAAGGAGCGUCCGCAGUCGCUCCACGUGCCCAGGAUGCAUGGCGAGCCCGACGCGCGGCAGCCGUCCACGGGGAAACCGACGAGCCACCUGCAUAGAGGCAAGGUGCUCGGCGCGUUUGCCAACCUGACGGGCCGCACCGGGUCCGCAGAGUCGCGCCCCAAGGAGCCCGAGUGCGACACCGAGGAGCUCAACCGGCAGCUCGAGGCCCUCCUGGACCGACGCAACAUCCCCGAGAACCAGCGCUACAAGAUGCGGAACCUCAGCACCGCCAUCAAGCUCGAGUUCAUCCACCAGGACCGCGCCGAGAUGCACGCGGCCACGGCGGAGCGCUCGGCCACCCUCGACAGCAACGCCAGCAGUGACGCGCCGGCGGCGACGCCCACGGGGUCCGACUGCGAUGACGAGAAGCCCAAGCGCGGCCGCGGCCGCAGCUUUACCUUUUCACGCGGCAAAAAGGAGCGAUCCUCGUCCAAGAAGCCCAAGGGCGAGGGCACGCUGGGCCGCCACUUCCGGUCAAAGUCGACGGACAGCGUGGCGAGCGAUCGGCCCGCGUCGUCGGGCAGCUUCUCGUCGGGCGGCGGGUUCCUUGCCAAGGUUAAGCUCCAGCAAGGGCCCGGCGACUACGUGGGAUAUCUCCGCAAGGUGCAGAAGCCGCAGCUGGUCGAGGUGGGCAAGCUGCACAAGCUGCGGCUGCUGCUCCGCAACGAGACGGUGUCGUGGAUCGAGGAUUUUAUCCAGCAAGGCGGCAUGAGGGAGAUUGUCGGCCUGCUCAACCGCAUCAUGGAGGUGGAGUGGAGAGAGGAGCACGAGGACGCGCUGCUCCACGAGAACCUGCUGUGCCUCAAGGCGCUGUCGACGACGGCCCGCGCCGUGGAACACCUGCACUCGGUGCAGCACGACCUGUUCCCCAAGCUCCUGCACAUGCUCUUCGACCCGGACAAGAAGGGCCCGAGCGAGUUCACGACGCGCAACAUCAUCACGUCGGUGCUGCUCACCUACAUCGAGUCGGCGGCCCCCGCGGAGCGCAUCGGCCGUGCCACGAGCGUGCUGCGGCACCUCCGCGACCCGGAUCCCAAGGAGAGCGACCGCCCGCUGCCGUUUGUGCUCGAGAUGCACCGCGAGCGCCCGUACCGCGUGUGGUGCAAGGAGGUGGUCAGCGUCACCAAGGAGGUGUUUUGGAUCUUUCUCCAUAACCUCAACGUGGUGGCCCUCGCGUCGGACAACAACAGCGCCGAGCAGGUGCAGAAUCAGAAUCAGGAGCAGCCAUCGUAUGCCUACAUGCUCCGCCACUUCCCGCCGGAGCGGCCGCCCGUGCCCGCGGCGCCCUACGUCGGCGGCGUCGAGUGGGACGCGACCAACUACCUGGCGUCGCACCUGGAUCUGAUGAACGCGGUGCUGGCGUGCACGCCCACGGCCGCACGGCGCAACGCCCUGCGCGGCGAGCUGCGCAUCUCGGGCUGGGAGCGCUGCCUCGGCGGCAGCCUGCGGCUCUGCAAGGAGAAGUUUUACGGCUCCGUCCACACGGCGCUGCGGACGUGGGUCGCCGCCGCGGCCGAGGACGGGUGGGACGUGCGCGACGUGCGCUUCGGCCCGCCCCCGGAGGCGCGUGCAUCGCCCCGAAAGACCGCCGGCGGCGGAGGAGGUGGUGGUGGUGGUGGGCAGAAGACCAAGGUCGAGGACGCGCCCCGGCUAGACAUGCCCAAGCUUGACCUGGGGCUGGCGUCGGCGGACAAGGACGCCUGGCUGUGAGGGAGGCAGCAGGCCGGGCCGGACACAAGAUGAUGUGCCACAGAACACAGAACGCGGAAUGCAGAGCGCAGAACGCAGGGACAGAGAGCAUGGAAGGGGGCGGGGGGGCUGAAGAUGGGGGAAGAGGAGCAGAAACAAGCUCUCCAGGUUUGGUGGUGAGAGGACCGCUCCAAGAUCCCUCCCCCUCCACAUACAGAAUCAUGGAAGACGUUGUUGGGUCUCGGCAUGGCGAUUGUCUCUUUGGCUCAGGCUCCGCCGGGGACACGUUUUGGGAGGGAGGGAGGGCGACGAAUCAUCAAUGGGUGUUCUUGUUUUCUUGUUUCGGUCUUUGUUUUCGCAUUGUCUAUACUCAUGGGCGUCGCUGCUCUGUAUGAUUGCAUGAGAUGAAUUGACGACAUGACGAGCUGCGUGGGCCGCAGCCGUCUUUUUUUCCUUUUUUUUCCCUUUACAGUAGUUACCGUUGAGAGCCUCUCCUACAUGAAACAUACGCACCCUCCUCUCUGCUGACGUGUGUGGUGGAGCAGAGCAGCUGCUGAC